AUGAUGCUGUCAUUCGGACUCCUGGUUUUGAUUUUGUCGGAAAUUGCGUUGGGCGACAAGCCCUCUUGUGAAGUGGUUCCCACAGCAGCGACGCUGGAUGCCACACCGCAUUCAACCACAACAACUACGUUAGUUACAAAUGGACUGACUCAAAUAGCCGUUCUGGAGUAUUACAAAUCGGUGACCUACGUGAGUAGAUGUGAAGAUAGUACCUCGUCGGCCUCGCCAGUCGGCACAACAACCAUUCCGGUUUUUAGGUAG